CCUGAUGUCGGAAUUACAGAUUUGUCCCUUACUAUACAUUCCAUCAUGAAAACUAAACAGGUUAAAGAGGAGACAGAAAAGAGUCUAGAUGACGAAGCUAUAGUUGAACCCAAGACUCGGGCCCGUAAAAAGGCCUCGGAUCUCAACGAAGAGGAGAAAAACAAAAAUUCUUCUUCCCAAGAUGAACCUAAAACAUCCAAAGAACCCAAAAAGAAUGCACCCAAGUCUAAAGUAAUAGUUAAAAAAAGACCUCUAGGUAUUAGAAAGACAAAAACUUUGAGAAGCAAGAAGGUUGCAGCUGCAAAGAAAAAUGUCUUAAGACAAACCAUUACACGCGCAAGGAAGGCUGGGAAAGCUGUAUCUGAAAUUACUCAAGAUAAGGAAACCGUCCCAUUGAUACCUGCCGCAGAAAUAAAAAAGGAACCACUUGAUGAAGCAACUCCCAACUCUAGGUCUUCCAGUCCCAAAACUGCUGGCAGGAGAGUAAGACUAAGUUCUGAUAUGGUCAUGAUGAAGUCUGUUUUAGGUGACUCUCCGAGUAGCUUAGUUCUGGGACCACGUACUAGCCCCUAUUCCAUGCGCUCUGAAAGAAGCAAUAGCCCCUCUCUUUUUGAAGGAAAAAACUUAAGGAGUGGAAAACCCAGGAAAGCUAAAAAUAAUCUUCUGAAUGAAGUUGUUAUGAAAGAACAGAAGAAGAGACGAAGGCUACUCUCUGACUCUAAGCCUACAGACAUUUCCGAGACUUCAGAAGACUGUAAAAAAAUGAAAAGAGGACGUUCCUGCUCAAGGGAUGGCAGUGAAAUCUCUAAAUGCUCAGACAUAACGGAAUCGGAUAUCAGCCUCAGCGAACCUCUCAAUGAUAGUGAAAAUAAGGAGCUCAGCAAAAGCUUAGAUAAAACUAAGACUGACCUAGAUAUAGAUAUUGAAACUAAUGUACAGAUCUCUCCUAUUGGAAAAGUGCCUUCUCUUAGUGUUGACUCAAAAUUGAAUGAAACCAAAACCGAUACAGAGCCUAGUUCUGUCCUAAAAGAGAAAGAAAAAAGAAAACUGAGCUUAAAAAGAAGUACUUCAUUAGACUCUGACAACAAUAACAGUAAUAGGAUUAAGUUAGAAAAUAUUAAUGUAUCGGAACUAGAAGAGAAAUAUUUGCUGAAGACUGAUAAUGAUGCGCUUUUUGAGGAACGUAGUAGUAUAUUGACUAGUAUGUCGAAGACAUUUAAUUCAAAGGAGGUAUCUAAAAAUAUAAGAAGAGCAAGAAGGGGGAAGAAAGCAGCGACCACAUCUAGACCUAUUACCAACCAAUCCUCCAAGAAUGGUAUCACUAGUACUAUAACAAAUGACUUAACAGAAGACAAAAUUGAAACAGUUGACACACUGUCAAAAGAAAUCAGUGAUCUCAUCAAUGACCUGGACCAAAAUAUCGAUAGAGACCAGGAAAUGAAUAAUGAUACAAGUGUAAAUACAGAUCAAAUGCAAACAAAGCCCGUUAGGCAGUUUUAUGGACAUUCUAAACCGUUGGGAGAUAAUAAUAGCAUCAUUACACCAGAAACUCCAGUCAAAGACAAAGACACGAUUUCGGCACAAACAAAUGAAUGUACGCCGUCAAAGAAUGACGACAGUGAGAAUAUCCGUCUCCAUUAUGAAGAAGAUUCUGCCGAAAAAUGUUCUGAGAAUAGGCAGGAGAUAACUUAUAAUUGUAGUACUACAGUUGCCAGCAUAGAUAAACUUAUGGAUAGACUUAAGGAAUUUGAAGAGUUUGAUAAAAGAAGACAACGCCAAGAGUCAGAAUCUAAGUCUAAUGAUAGUAAAUCUGUUAUGGUAACAAACGACGUCGUUCUAAUACCUAAAUCGGGAGCAGAUAUAAAGCCCUUAAAAGACUUACAGCCAGUUAGGUCUCCUGAAAAAUUAAUUGAAAAGGAAAAUCUCUUAAGUUGUUUCGAAAACAACUCUGCAAUCUCAAUAGUUAAAAGGGACCAAGUUAGACGGUCGAUUGAUGUAGAUCUUCCUAAUUCUGUGACAUUAAUUAAAAGAAAUAGUGUCAGUGCCAGAAAGGAAUCGACAAGCUCCAAUCAUUCAAAAGAAUCUGAUGCUAUCAGUAUAUUCGAAAAGUCACUAGGCAAAGAUGUGACAUUGACUGAAAUAAGAAAGUCCGUAGAGAAAGCAACGCCGUCGCAGGCAAUUGAUUUACAUCAAUUCGCCACUUUACAUCCUAACAGCCCGAGUCAGGCGCUAGUCAAUGCGUUAGACUCAAAUCAAAUAUCGAUAACUACACGGAAUAUAGAAUCUAAAUUAAACAGUAAUGAAGUUCAAAUAACAAAAAGAAAAUCCAUUUCUUUAUCGCGAAAGUCAUCUGAGACGGGUAAUGAAGAAGAAAAUAUGGCAACUAUAGAGAAAAUUAAAUCUCCAACACAUCAAAUGAAAUCCCCGGCAAUUUCGAUAACCCCUACACCAGUAGUAGUGAAAUCCAUUGAACCGCCACAACCUAUGGAAGAAGAAGUCUCCGCGCCUCCCUUGGAAACAGUUAAAGCCAUUCCUGAAGAUAUAUCUAUGACCUCUGAAGUCCCGAAACUGGAUAGUGUCGUUGCUGAUUCUGCUAAAACUGAAACGACAAAUAUUGAAGUAAAACCUGAUACACUAGAGACACAAACACCUGAAGUCAUCGAUAAACCGGUUCCUGAAGUUACCGAAGAGACAGAGAAAGAAGUACGAAAAGAUGAACCACCACAGACUGAAACUGAUACUAAGAAAGAGGAACAAAAUGAACCUAAAGAAGAGGAGAUGAAAACGAAAGGUUCUAAAGUAAAAUCCGCUCGUAAUUCAACUGAAAACCUGCCCGGACCGAGUAAUGUGCUUCUCGAAACACCGGAAAGUCAAAAACGUAAAGAAAACGUACUUAGAACGCUAGGCUUGCUAACACACAAGGCUGCCAGCGAGGCUAAGAUAGAAAAAUUAAAGGAAAAAGAGCGCAUAUACGGCAUAAAUUACUGUGGCGUGAUGGGAAAGGGCAAAGCUGGGAAAUCAGAUUACACCGGUACUCUGAAAACUGUGAUAAAGUUGAGCCGUGGAGCAGGAGAAAGGGAUAAAAAGAAAUUCAGGAGUUCAUUAAAAAUGACCUUCCAAAAGAGCAAAAGUCGAUCUGGGAAGCCUCCGCUAGAAGUAGGCGAAGCGGGCAGUGAAGACGACGCCUUCUACACCAUCGAACGGCGCGAGGGAGGCGGGAACGCAACAUCGGAUGGUGGGCACAGAAAAUCUCAUUACAGUAAUCGGCUUAACAACCAUGAUGGUGAAACCGCUCCCGAACCUGAGCCAAAAGAAACCCUUAAUUUGGUGAUACCUGAAAAGGCAUCGUCGUUCAGCAUCCACCCAGGAAGACUUUGCAAUGACCAGUGUUUCUAUUGUGGGGGGAAGUUUGGACUAUUUGACACCCCUUGUCAUAUCGCCCAAAUGAAGAGUAGCGAGAGGCAGCAGAAGGUUUUAGCUAACGAGGAAAAGCUGACGAUCGACAGCUGCCUGUGCGACGCUUGCUACCGCCACGUGGACCGGCGUGCCAACUGUCCGUCCUACCGCAAGCGGACCGUCGCCAAGCCUCCAGACACCCGCGCACAGGACCAACCCGACGGGGGUGAGAAGCUGGCUCGGAGCCCUGUUGGGGGGGAGGAGAGCUCGUCGGAGGGGGGUGCGACUCGGCUUGCGGCCUGCCACGCCACCGCCUGCAAGGCGCCCGCCGAUCGCUCCAUCCGUCGCAAAUGGCUCAUCAAGAUGCGCUCCAGUGUCAACAAGCUGCUGAAGCUGGAGUGCGACUACCCGGGGCUGCACACCAUCCCGCUGUGCGCGCCGCACCACGCCGCGCUGGCGCCGCUCAUGGCGUGCUCGCUGUGCCGCCGCCGCCUCACCAAGCACCACAACCUGCACUUCAUACACCACGGAUACACUGAUCUCAAUCCACUGUUCAAAAAAGCGGGAAUCCCCGUUGAGUUCAACGAAAGGCCGGUUCUCUGUAAAGUAUGUCGCUACUUCUGCACGCUUCUACAGCGUCCUGGACACAACGACAAACAAGCUAAAGCGUACACUCGCAAACUUCUUCAAAUAUACAAUGUAGAAAUACCACCUGAAUUACAUCAAGAUAGCGAUGACACUAAAGUUUUAGAAGAUUGCAACACUAGUGCCAACAAACAGAAAAAGAAAGCUCGUACUAAGUCGAAACAAAGAAAGUCAUCAGAACAUGAAAAACCUGACAGCGAAUCGUCUGAAAGGACGGGAGAAAGCACUCCCGAAAAAGAAAAAGUUAAAGAAAACGCUGCUCUCGAAGAACCAGAACCCAAAUCUGCAAACGCACAACCCUUAGUAGAAGACAUCGAAAGCCUUAUAUCGUCAAACAAAAUUCCCGUCCCAGGAGCUAAACCAUCCGAAAGCAAUCCGCAAAGUGACGCCUCAGAAAGUGACGUGAUAUCGGAUGUUGAAACACCUCUGUUGCCACUGGACAAGCAGACAGAAUUAAGGUAUCUUCUACAAAAACAGAACAAUCCAGCACAGUUUCAGCAAAAACCAAAUUUAACGCAGAAACAAAGAAACAUUUUGAAAGUGCACAAUCUUGGAAUACAAAAAGCGGGUCAACAACACAGGAUAUUAGAUAAAAACGCAAAAAGAGUACACAAAAUAGGACAAAUCGUGACAAACAAAGAUAAAAUUAGUAAAAAGGAGAGUGAAACCGAAAUGUUUGACAUCGAAAAAGCAAAAGAGAUAACCCUGUUGAAAAAUAUAUCUCUCAAUGACGAGUGUACUAUAGAAACAAUACCUAAUAAGAAACCGGCCGACAUAAACACUCUUAAGAAUAAAUGGCAGAUGUCUGAAAGUUUUACGCAAGUUAAGAAAAAUCUAAGUGAACUGUCCAAAAAAUUGACAGUAGAGAAAGAUCCAAAGAAAAACUCAGAUUCGAAAUACUCAAAUCCCGUUAAGAGAUUAGAAACGAAUCCGUCGAUCUCAGUUCGAGAAUUGUUCCCCGGCGAGGAGGAAAUGAACUUGCAGUGUAAUAUAGAGUUUAAUAAUGUCAAAGGAGUUACUCCUGAGGGUUGGGAGAAGUGUAACACAAUGAUUCAAUACGACCAGGAGACUAAGAAACUGUGGACGGAAUUGCAGAGGCCGUACGGGAAUCAAUCGAGUUUCUUGAGACAUUUAAUUUUAUUAGAAAAAUAUUUCCGAAGCGGUGAUCUUGUUUUGGCUCACAAUGCGUCCCCUCACGCGGCAAAUUAUAGUACGUCGGUACAGAGCCGACUCCGGGCUUACGAUAAUAUACCGCCAGAACAGUCCAGACGAGAAUCCGUGAGCCUAAUCGAGUUCCGUAAGAAACCCUCGGUUAAUGGGAAAAGUUUACUAAAAUCGAACCAGAGCUCGGAAGAAAAAGAUCCGAAAAAGUUUAUGCCUCCACCAGGAAACCUUCCGAAACCUAAAUCAAAAACUGAAAAGAAAAAGGCGUUACCGCCAGAACUGAUAGCGAUAAACACUCCAAACGCUCAAGGGAGGAAGGCGAUACAAAACGUCUUACAUAAUAUCCAGCAAUUAGUAAAAGGUGUAUCGGCAUCUGAUCCUACAGAAGUAGCGGCGGCGCCUCUGCCACCAAAGUUCGAUACUCCGAAAGAAAAGAAGGAAAUGCCUGGUUUGAAAUUUGAACCUAUUAAAGAUAAAAAUAGCCCUAAAAUAGAUAAGGAAAAGAAAGAGACCAAUAAGUCUGAUUCUCCCAAAAAGCAGAAGCCCAACAGCAAGGGAUGGAGACCCACUCUUAUGCCAAUAACCCCAGAAAAUUUAGCGAAAGUCGCUCUGGAGCCGUUAAAACUCGCCAUCGACGGUCACAGUCUUCCUAGUUUAGUCCAAGUGUUGUCUGCCGGCAACCGGUAUCACAUCACGUUUGAAGACUACAACAAAAUGUGCCUCAUACGUCGUGAGAGACAACAGAGAUUACAAGAGAAAGAGGCGAAGUCGAAACGACCUUCCGUCGACGAAACCACGGUCGUCACAGAGCUACUUACGUCGACAACACUCGGAAACGGUGGAACGGUGCUUCAGAACUUCCCAGCUGAAAAGGAUUUGGAUAAAAGAGAUGUACCAGAACUACAUAUAAGUACAAACGCUGCGACAAUACUCAAGAACGUCGGCCUCAAGAAUAUCACAAUAGCUCCUAUCCCACCGAAGACCGCCACUGUGACGUCGCAGACCAUUUCUACCGUCACGUCACCAUUAAUCGUAACGACCCCGAUGAAAAUCCCUCAACUGGGUCCCGCCUUCUCCAUAACGAGCGAGACCGUCUUACCCAGCAUACCGAUAAUGACUCCGAGUCCAAUGGUUUUACCCAAAAUUCCGAAGUCACUGACGGUGAUUCCUCAGACCGUGGUUUCCAACCAAGGGUCGAUGAUCCCCGUGGUCACCACGGCGUCGCAGGCCGUGGUCGGCGACCAGAAACCAUAA